AUGUCCCUCUCACCCACAAACGAGGGUGGCUAUGAACGUAUCCAAGUGAGGAAGCCAACUGACGACAACAACCUCACUGGUGAGAAGGACAAGGAAACUGAACCGGUCCCUACAUUCAUCAGAUACUCAGACAUGGCUACCAUCGCCCCCGUCGUCGAGAAAGAUGCUCCGCUUAAGGCGGUCCAGCUUGAGGCGCUGGUCGUCAUGAAGGUCAUCAAGCAUUGCGCAAACCGUUCCCCAACUACUGCGACUGGCAGUCUAGUUGGCAUGGAUGUCAACGGUACCCUCGAAAUCACCAAUACCUUUCCUUUCCCUGUUGUCGAUCUCCCCGCCGAGGCGCAAUAUGAACAACAGCAUUUCAAUAGCGCGGCUGCGGCUCCACGGGCAAAAUCCAACACUGCAUACCAGGCUGAGAUGAUCAGAAUGCUGCGUGAGGUCAAUGUGGACGCCAACAACGUGGGCUGGUACACUAGCGCCAACUUGGGCAAUUUCGUCAAUGCAAACUUCAUCGAGAACCAAUACCACUACCAGAAGGAGUUGAAUGAGAGAACCGUCGCGCUUGUUCACGAUGUCAGCCGAAGCUCUCAGGGCAUUCUCAGCAUCAAGGCAUUCAGACUCUCCCCCCAAUUCAUGGUCGCCUACAAGGAAAACAAGUUCACCACCGAGAACCUUCUCAAGUCUGGUUUGAAAUACACUGAUAUUCUGGUCGAGAUCCCAGUCACUGUCCACAACUCUCACCUGGUUAACACUUUUCUUAACCAAGUCCCCCGAAUGCUCGCCUCUGGUAUUUUGAAGGCUCCUACUUCAGUCCAAGAGAUUGAGAACAACCCAGUUGUCAAGAAUGACACUCUUGCUCCAAGAUUCGACUCUUUGACUCUCAAUACCGACCCCUAUCUCUCCCAGACUGCAGACAACCUUCUUGACUCUGUUGAGACUCACCACGUCGAAGCCAACAACUUCUCCUACUACCAGCGAGCCUUGGCUAGAGAGCAGGCGAAGAUCGCGCAAUGGCAGGCGAAGCGCAAGGCAGAGAACGCCGCUCGUGCCCUUUCCAAGCAGCCGCCGUUGCCGGAGGAUGAGUGGCAGAAGCUCUUCAAGUUGCCGACAGAGCCAAGUCGCUUGGAAAACAUGUUGAACAGCCGCCAGGUAGAGCAGUAUGCACGACAGGUUGAUGGGUUCGUCGCAGCCACGUCUGCUAAGAUGUUCGCGGUCCGUGGCAAUCUUCUUCCGGGUGAUGGAAAGGAGGAGUGA